CCCACCUGCAUCAGUCAAUGACAAAAAUGUAAAAAACAUUGGAUUGUCAGAUCCAUAACCAAAAAAAUAACAUUAUUAUAGUAUUAUUUUUCAAACUUGUAUCCCAAACACAUCUUCCAACACUUUAUUAAGCACUCUCACAGGAAUUCAAAAAGUUUCCCAUUACACCCACGUUGCUAUAUUUGGAACCCAUCACCCAAAAUUCUUCUCCUUCGUCUUCUUCUUCUCUGUUUCUCUCUUCGCUGCAUCGUCGUCACUUACAUGAAAUAAUCUGUAGAAUAAAAAAAACGAUAUUCAGGAAGUCUUUAUCGAGAAAAAUGCAGCUUUUUCAACUUUUUUCACUUCUUGUUUCUUCCUUCUUUCUCUUCAUCGGCUUAUCCUCGUCGCUAAAUCAGGAUGGUUUGUCUCUUCUUGCUCUGAAAUCCGCCGUCGAAAACGACCCGACCCGUGUGAUGGCUACCUGGACCGAGUCAGACCCGACUCCGUGUCACUGGCCUGGAAUCAUCUGCACUCGCGGUCGAGUUACCACGCUUGUUCUCUCCGGAAGAAGACUAUCUGGUUACAUUCCCUCCGAACUCGGACUACUGGACUCGCUCGUAAGGCUCGAACUCGGUCGCAACAAUUUCUCGAAACCCGUUCCGACUCGUCUCUUCAACGCCGUUAACCUCCGAUAUAUCGACCUCUCUCACAACUCAAUCUCCGGCCCAAUUCCGGCCCAAAUCAGAGCCCUGAAGAAUCUCACUCAUCUCGAUUUAUCCUCCAAUCUCCUCAACGGGUCACUCCCCGAGUCACUCACUGAACUCGGAAGCCUCGUCGGCACACUCAACCUCUCUUACAACCGAUUUUCCGGCGAAAUUCCACCGUCGUAUGGCCGCUUCCCGGUUUUCGUCAGCUUGGACCUCGGCCACAAUAAUCUCACCGGAAAAAUACCUCAGAUAGGCUCUCUGUUGAACCAGGGACCAACCGCGUUCGCUGGAAACUCUGUUCUCUGUGGUUUUCCGCUACAGAAGCUUUGUAAAGAAGAAACUGCAAACCCUAAGCUCGUCACUCCGAAACCGGAAGGCUCGCAAAUCAGAAAACCAAACCCGACUUUCGUCGACAAGGACGGAAGAAAGAAUAAGCCGAUCACCGGAUCCGUGACGGUUUCACUUAUAUCCGGAGUCUCCGUCGUAAUCGGAGCGGUUUCUCUAUCCGUAUGGCUGAUUCGAAGAAAAUGGAGCUCCAUCGGAUGCAAAUCGGAGAAGAACACGGAGGCGCCGAUGGAGUUUGAUGAGGAGGAGCAGGAAGGUAGGUUCGUGGCGAUAGACGAAGGAUUCGAGCUCGAGCUCGAGGAUUUGCUGAGAGCGUCGGCUUACGUUGUGGGAAAGAGCAGAAGUGGGAUUGUGUACAGAGUAGUUGCCGGAUUGGGAUCGGGGACAGUGGCGGCGACGUUUACUUCGUCCACCGUCGUUGCGGUUAGAAGGCUCAGCGACGGAGAUGCCACGUGGAGGCGGAAGGAUUUCGAAAACGAAGUGGAGGCAAUCGGUAGGGUCCACCAUCCAAACAUCGUACGGCUAAGAGCUUAUUACUAUGCUGAGGACGAGAGGCUCUUGAUCACUGAUUACAUUCGCAAUGGAAGCUUGUACUCUGCUUUACAUGGAGGACCUUCAAAUACUCUGCCUCCACUUUCUUGGCCUCAAAGGUUACGUAUUGCACAAGGAACUGCUCGCGGGUUGAUGUAUAUACACGAGUACAGCCCGAGAAAGUAUGUCCAUGGCAACCUAAAAUCAACAAAAAUCCUGCUCGACGAUGAACUAGAGCCUCGCAUCUCAGGGUUUGGUCUAACACGUAUAGUCUCAGGUUACUCCAAACUCAACGGUUCGCUGUCCGCCAAAAGGCAAAGCCUAGACCAAACCUUUUUGACCUCUGCUACAGUGGUGACAAGAAUCGCAUCUCCAUCGGUUGCUUACCUUGCACCCGAGGCUCGAGCUACUUCUGGUUGCAAGUUAUCUCAAAAGUGCGAUGUUUAUUCGUUCGGGGUUAUCCUAAUGGAGUUGUUGACUGGUCGGUUACCUAAUGCUUCCUCUGAAAACAAUGGUGAAGAACUCGUGCGUAUUAUGAGGACUUGGGUUGAGGAAGAGAAGCCGUUGGCUGAGUUUUUAGACCCCGAGAUUCUAAACAAAGGUUAUGUAGAUAAGCAAGUCAUUGCAGCCAUUCAUGUCGCCUUGAACUGCACGGAAAUGGAUCCAGAGGUUCGUCCCAGGAUGAGAACAGUGUCUGAACAUCUCGGCCGAAUCAAAAUAGACUGAGCAUGUUCGAGAAAGUAAGAUUUGUUUUGCAAAUCCGUUGUGUGCAAAGUUCAUGCACCAUCAUGUUUUGUUCUCUAGGGUUUUUUAUUUUUCUUGGCAUGUCGUAGAGUGUAGGGUUCCUAAUCAUCAGGUGAUCUCUCCUUGUGUUGUCAAUGUAUCAGAGGUUUAUUGCGACACAAGUAAAGCGGUUUAUUGUUUCUUGGUUUUUCAACCUUGACCUUCUUCUAUAAUCCACAAAACUGUCACAUUCGAACUUCUCGAAA